AUGGUAGCCACAUGGAUACAAUAACUCUUGAUGUUUUUACAGGAGAACAAGAUGUCCAAUGUCAGUGAUGAGACGGGAUCACCCAGCUUUUACAAUCAUCGGCAUUUGUUCACAGUCGUGGUUUUCUCUUUCACGACCCUCAUAGGUGUCCCCGGCAAUGCUCUGGUGCUUUGGGUUACCGGAGUGAAGAUGAAGUGGACCAUGACUACCAUUUGGUUUUGGAACCUUGCUGUGGCCGAUAUCAUGUGCUGUCUAUGUCUCCCGUUCAUUAUAGCGCAGUUCUUCUACACAGAUUGGCUGUACGGCGCUGUGCUCUGCAAGAUUAUACCCUUCAUUGCUCCUUUAAACAUGUUCACCAGCGUCUUCACCUUGGUGGCUAUCAGCGUUGACCGUUGCAUCCUGGUUGUCCAACCCAUUUGGGCCCGAAAUCACCGAGGAGUACGAAAGGCGUGGAUGACCUGCUUUGCUAUUUGGAUGAUGUCCUUCAUAAUCUGUAUACCUAAGUUCCUGUACCUAUCUUUCUCCACUUCUAAUAACACAGCUCGAUGCAUUCCCGAAGAGCACAUAAUAGUGCCCAACACUUACAUCUACAUGGUUUUUGGUUUUCUGCUUCCAUUCUUAAUCAUUUCUAUUUGUUACAUUUCUGUGGCUUUUAUAUUACACAAGAGAAGAUUUACAGAAGUUGGUAAUAAAAUCAUCAAGGUGUCUUUAGGGAUCAUAGUCGCAUUUUUCAUCACCUGGGCCCCCUACCACAUCAUGGGGGUAGUCCUGCUAUACACUCCAAAUAAAGUAGUACUCAUCCUGGAUAUGUUCUCGCAGUCUCUGGCCAUGUUCAAUAGUUGCAUCAACCCGAUUCUCUACGUCUUCAUGGGGAAAGAUAUGAAGGACAAGGUGAGACAGUCUAUUGUGGGACUCAUGCAAAAUACGUUUAGUGAAAACUCGUCAAGCGGCACAACUCGCAGGACGCACCUGGUAAAUGAUGACGUGCUUCUAGAAUGAGGAUCUCGGUGUCAAAUGCCAACUUAUGCCGAAGGACAAAUGCCAAGACAAUUAAAGGAAGACCUCUGCUUGUAUGUUUAGAAGGAUCUGUAGACUUCUUUGUUGUAUUAGGGAUUGUGACCAACUGACUGCUGGAAACCCAUGCAUGCGAGGGUAGCCAUAUGUUGGCAGAUGUCUUGUACAAGUCACAUGCAAAUUAGGGCUGUUUGACCAACUCAGACAAUAGGUGUUAGCAGCACGUGCAUUGUAUUCAGGCUACGCAACCUGCCCGCUAUAUCACAGACAGACUACCCCCAUCAUUACAUGGGACCUCCUCUCCAUCAUAAUACAAGACCCCUUCCACAUACUACCCCAGUCAUUACAAACCAUCCGUUCCCCUCAGUAUUAAACAGGAUCCCCUCCCCCUUACUACCCCCAUCAUUAUACAGGACCCCCUCCAUUAUUACAUUUUAACCCCCCCCCUCAUACUAUCCCCAUCAUUACACAGGAUCCCUCCACCAUACUACCCUCAUCAUUAAACAGGAUCCCCUCCCCCUUACUACCCCCAUCAUUAUACAGGACCCCCUCCAUUAUUACAUUUUAACCCCCCCCCCCCUCAUACUAUCCCCAUCAUUACACAGGAUCCCUCCACCAUACUACCCCCAUCAUUAUACAGGACCCCCUCCAUUAUUACAUUUUCCCCCCCCCCCCUCAUACUAUCCCCAUCAUUACACAGGAUCCCUCCACCAUACUGCCCUCAUCAUUAAACAGGACCCCCUCCCCUUACUACCCUCAUCAUUAAACAGGACCCCCUCCCCGUACCAUCCCCAUCAUUACACAAGCCCCCCUUACUACCCAAUCAUUACACAGGGCCCCCUCCAUUAUUACACUGUAACCCCUCCCCAACUAUCCCCAUCAUUACACAGGACCCCCCACCGCCAUACUACCCUCGGUAUUAAACAGGAUCCCCUUCCCCUUACUACCCCCAUCAUUACACAGGACCCCCUCCAUCAUUACAUUGUAACCCCCCAUACUAUCCCCAUCAUU